AUGGAAAAGAUCUGUUUAAUACCGAUUAUACUUCCGGCUAUUUUCGGCAAUGGCUUCGCUGACACCUCAUCGCGAAUAUACUUGCAUUUCGCGCAACUCAUACUAAACAACCGGUUCUCUCAGUUUGAUUACGGGCCCAUUGAGAACCUGGUCAAAUACAAACAGUUGGUGGCACCCGAGUACCCCCUCCACAACAUUUCGUCGGAAAAUAUAAUUUUAGUGAAUGAUUAUAUUAUUAUUAUUAAGACAAUGGCGUCUAAGAAGUUAGUGAUAAUAGACACGGAUUGUGGUGUCGAUGAUGCGUUGGCCAUAAUGUUGGCCACGUAUUGUCAAAAACAAGAUAUGAUAGACAUCCUGGGGAUCACCUGUUCAUUUGGUAAUACAUAUGUGGAUAAUGUGUGCAAAAAUGUUUGCUAUACUCUCAGAGCGAGUGAACUGGAGCAAAUAAAGGUCUACCGGGGCUGUGAGGGACCCAUAAUUGGGAAAUACGUUUCCGACGAUUACUACGGAAAGGAUGGUUACCUCCAGUUCACUCGCUCUGAGAGUGAUCCCCAGGAUGUCUAUCAUUUCUUGUUUUUGACAAUACGUGGCCAACAUUAUGGCCAACGCAUCAUCGACACCACAAUCCGUGUCUAUUAUCACUAA